CCUGCUUUCUGAUGCCCUCUGGUCUGCACAUCUCACUGCAAUGGGAAAACACAUCUUGGUGUUCCUGAUGGGCCUCACUUUGCUGGUGAGCUCCCUGCAAGCUUUGACAUGUUUCGUGUGUGCUAGGUUCAAUUCUAGUGGAAUUUGUGAGAAAGGAGAAGGUUGCUGUACGGCUAAACCUGGCGAGAAAUGCGCCUCGCUUCUAUUGUUCAGAGAUGACAAAAUCCAGUUUGGAGUCCAGAGAUGUGCUGACCCGUGCUUCAAUGGGAACGUUGUGAAUAGAAAUAGAAGCAUACUAAUGAAAUGUUGCAGUGACAAGUCUUACUGCAAUUGGCUAAACGCCUGACACUUUGCAUGGCUCUACUCUGGUGAGCCCUUGCUCCUUCCCUGUAGCCUCCCUGCUCAACAGCCUGUACUUAGCAUCAGCUGUUGAAACCUCAACAGUGGUCUACUUCCUCUAGCCAGGGCAUAUGUUUCUUGAUAUGCCAUUCAAAUUUCAAAUGAAUUAGUAGCUUAAACCAAUGGUUAGGUCAUAGACAUCCUCCCCUAUCAUCUCACAGGCACAUCCAGACUUCUGCUUAUUAAAUCUGCUAGACAUCCUUGGUAUCAUCAAGUGACUAGGAUCAGACAUUACAGGCUAUGGGUUUUUAGAAUUUUGAAUAGGUCAUGAUAUAUGUUUGUAUAUAUUGAAAUAUAAAAAGUUACAUAUCACAAAUAUUAAGACCAUUGUAGCUUCUAUUUUCUUCAGUGUUGUUCAUUGAGUCAUGGCCACGGAGCAUACCAGAAAACACUCUCUACUGACAAUGCCUGGAGUUUUCAUCCUACUUUCUAUAUCAUGCAUUGUGGCCAAGAUUUGAAUUCUCUACUUCUCUCUUUGUGUCUUGUGUCAUCCCUCUCUGUUGUUGGUGAAUCUAUGCCUGUUUAAAGACUGCCACCCACGUCUCUCUGUGCGUCUGUGUGCCCCAUUAAAUAAAGAUGUUUGCUCUCCCUCUUCUACUGAAUGACACAGAAAACGUCACAUAGUGAAUGAAUGAAGGAUGUUUUAUGGGAACCUUCAACAGAGUU